AUGGACGACUCAAGAAUUCGAGGACUCCGAGCCGUUACCCACAUCCAGCUACAGAACAGCCCAUCGGACUCUGGACUAUCAACACAGAGACUUCAUGGGUCUGGCGACAACUCAGUAAAAGAUGGCAGCUCGCACACAUACUCCCCAGUUCAAGACCAUGAUGGAUCUGCCUCGGAAAUUCGUGGCAGAAUCUUUUCUUCCAGAGACAGCCUAUUGAAUCGGUUCUGGGUGUGGGAGGUGCUAAGCAUCGCCGUUGCUACCGUUGCCUUGGCGGCGAUGUUCAUUACGCUUCUCCUCCACCAAGACCGAACGCUACCCAAGUGGCCUUCGAUGAUCACCAUAAACGCUCUUAUUGCCAUUUUCAGCGCAAUUUUAAAGGCGUGCCUGAUGAUGCCGAUAGCCGAGGGCUUGAGCCAGUUGAAAUGGUUGUGGUACGAGAAGUCAAGGCCUAUGAAACUCAUCGCGCAGUGGGACAUGGCAAGUCGAGGUUCGUCCGCUCAUCUCAUGUUUUCUCUCGGUUCAGUGACCGCACUGUAUGAUCUCGGGUUCCAACCAACAUUUGCGGUGCCCGUGGGGAUCCCUUCUCCUGAUUUUCACCCUCAGGGGCCGGAAUCUCGCCGUGUUCGGCGCCAUUCUUACAGUUUUCGCCACGGCCUGAUGGCGCACGACGAGGUUGGAGCAAUUUCAUUCUCGAACAACUACACUGAUGGUAUCAUGGGACGGCCAUCGGGCACGCCUGCAAUUGAACCACAAAUGCAGUCAGCUAUAUACGCAGGGCUACUUGACCCCCCUUCGAAUGUUUCUGCCGCCGUCAGCUACACGUGUAGGACGGGAAAUUGCGCAUUCACGGCUACCGAAGACGGUGCCACUUCAUGUCACUUUCGCUACAAAGCCAGUACCUAUACUUACAAGACUGCCAGCUUGCUGGAAUAUGACAUAGCCCUCGACAACAUUACGAACAACGUAAUGCAGUCGGGUGUACGGCGCUCCUCAAAUGGGACACCAUCGAAUUUCCUCGCGAAGAUCUCUUUUAUGAUGGCUUCGACCGUUUCCAACAAGUCAAUGAAGGCCUUUGGGGGCGAAUCUUUUCCCGCCGUAACGACUUGGAGCUCCAAUGUCAUGAAUGGCGUUCUCGUAGAACAUGUGGUCGAAACACAGCGUAUGGAUGUCGAGCUUAUUCCAUUUGCCACGCAUAGCAUUUUCCGCGCCAACAGAACCAUCAGAAAUGGGAUAACAAUUUACCGAUCAUCGCAUUUCCCACAGGCCCUGGUACCAUUGUUGGAUCGGGGUAUUGAGGUUCUUACCAACAAAUCCUCCAAUUACUGGAACUACACCACCUGGUGGCCCUCGGAUUGCAUUUAUUCUAUCCUCUACGCCCCAACAGCUGGCUUGGCAGCGGUUAUUUCUUCGUUGCUCGGCAACAAAACUCUUUGGUGGGAUCCAUACGAGCAGGGCUACAGGCAACCUUUGGCCGGCGGCAAUGCGACUCGUGAUACUGUGCAGCAUGCCAUGAGAGGCCUGGCUGAUUCGAUAACAGCACGGUGGCGGAAUGGCGAUGGGGAUAAGAGUAUCCGAGUAGGCCCUGCGCGGGGCAUUGUGUGGGAGCAACAAACCUGCGUCCACGUCAACUGGGCAUGGCUUUCGUUGCCAGCGGCGAUGGUGUUGCUUACAGCGGUUUUCCUUGCUUUGAUAAUCAUACAAACGAGCGUCAGCGACAGGCCUCCCUGGAAGAGCUCAAUGCUGGCAACACUUUUCAACGGACUGGAUGCGAAGACAAGGAAUGCUGCAGGGCCGGUGAUGAGCUUGCAAGAGAUGCAAGUCGCUGCAGAUACGACCAACAUGCAGCUUAAAAUGACUCAAGGGGGAUUUCGUCUUGCCGGUUCAAGUUAG